GAGAGUUCCUGUUUGGCGUCAGUGUGUUUCUGUUCCCACAUACACACACACACAGCCAUGCAGCUAGCCUCUAAACUGGAGCUUUACCCCGAGUAUACUGUCACACAACUUCUUUUCAAAGAUGUCAAGAACGCCGCGGAGUUGAGAAAAAAUGCCAUGGAGGGACAUAUACAGGGUGCCUUGAUAAACCCCUCAAUGAUUGUAGAUCCGUUUCAAAUUUUGGUGGCCUCAAACAAAGCAGUUCAUUUACAGAAGACUGGGAAGAUGAAAACGAGGAGUUUGUUCUCAGAAAUCAUCUUCAACCUCUCCCCCACCAACAAUAUUUCAGAAGCAUUCAAGAGAUUUGGGAUCUCCGAUGGCGAUGGUGCCGUGUGUGUUGUCCUGGUCCAUCCUAAAGACGAGCCUGUGGAUAUCGACAGUAUUGUGAAUAAAGUCAGAGGCCAGCAGAUACCAGCUGACACGAUAUCCUCCCUGACCGAUGCUGCCCAUAUUAAAAAGCUCUACAAGGUGUCUCCUCAGGAAGAGAAGAAUGGCAGUCUCCUGGAUGCUGUGAUAUGCAGAAUGGCAGUUAAAGACGUUUUAUAGCACUACAACUGGAUUUGCUUCUAGUAAAGGAAACAUCACAACUGAUCCUGCAAACACCUGGCUAUGAAGCCUUCUUAAACUUGAUUCAGAGUUAUAUUUUUAUAUUGAUUAAAAGGUUAAACAGAAUAUCUUUGUCCAUACACACCUUUUAUGUUGGCAUGUGUUGUGAUGCCAUGGCAGAUGCUUUGUUAAUUUGAAUGAAGCGUGAGUUUUGGGA